UAAUGAUUCGGUUGUAACCGUGCAACACGUCUCUAUCAACAAAUCGUGUACAAACAUGGCGUCAAGAAAGUGAGUGAGAAUAACCAUAAAACUAGAGGUGUGGGGAAAACUGCUCGUUUACGGGGUGCUAGAACUAUUUGACUCAGCUAUUUUUAUUUCUUUUUGUCUGUUUCCUAGUUGCGUCGUACAUGUGAUCGGUUUAAAUUUAUUUCAUUUAAACUUAACUUAUAAACAGUUUAUAGUUUGACAAAUUUUUUAUGGUACCUCCAUACUCUAAAAAAUAAUUAAGCUGCAAUAUUUAUUAUCAGGUUAUGUGCGCUGGGAUAAAAAUUGUCACCAGAAAAUGGAUCCAGUAAAAUCUUAUACAGACUAUCGUCUGGGAUCUCGGAAAUCUUGGGAAGACUUAUCUAGCGAACGGAAACGUAAACUCAGGAAACUACACUUCGACUCAUUGGAUCGUAAAUUACUUCUUCAUCAUAGAAAUUUGAAUUCAAGUAAUAGUGCCUCUAAUCCAAAUACAGCUUGUUCAGAUAGUUUAAAUGACAGUCAAUCAAAUUUAAUUUCAAAUUGCAGUGAUAACCUAAAUAAUGAUGAAACUGCCAGUAUUGACGCUAUUGAAAGUAUUCAACAAAAUAAUAUAUUAAAUUCACUAAUCUCAAAUAACCAAAUACCUGAAAAUGUUACAGCUGAUGAUAGCUGUUCGUUUGUAUCACAAAUAACAGAUAACUCAAUAUCUGAUGUUUUUGAUUUUGCAUUAAACUCUCCAUUAGAAAAUAAUGAUAUUAAUAAUUUAAUGUCAGUCGCUACUUUUAAUGAAGUAGAGAACAAUUCUGUUCCAAAUUUUUGUGAUAAUAGUAAUAUUAAUUUUAAACAAAAUGACAAUAAUUACAGUUCUGAAACUAAUGAAACUUCACAAAUUAUUAAUAAAACAAUAGAUGAAUCUAUAAAAACUUAUAAUAAACCUUCGGAAACUUUAUUACAGGAAGAACAUUUAAAAUUAAAUUUAUCAAAAUGUAUAGUUAAUCACAAAAUUAAUCAAGUCCAAGCUAAUGCAAUAUUAAAUGUUUUACGGAAUUAUCCGCUAUUAAAAUUUCUACCUAAAGACUGUCGAUCAUUAUUAAAGACUCCGCGAGAUAAAAUAGAUAUAAAACCUGUUAGUCCGGGAGAAUAUAUGCAUCUAGGGUUAGAAGUAAUGUUAAAAUCAAUAUUGAAUCGCGUAUCAAUAGAAUCAAUUCCUUCUGAAUUGCUUAUUGAUUUUAGUACGGAUGGAGCAGAAUUGAAUAAAGAAACAUAAAUGUGGCCUAUUCAAUUUCGCGUAAUUAAUUUAAAGUACGAAAAACCAGAGCUUGCCGGGAUUUAUAUAGGUAAACACAAACCAAAUUCUGCAUCCGAUUUGUUUUUAGAUUUUGUCAAUGAAAUAACUUCAAUUAAAAGAAAGGGGGGUAUAAAUUACAAAAAUAAUAUAAUUCCUAUUAAACUAAGGUGUUUUAUUGCGGAUGCUCCAGCUCGUUCAUACAUUUUAAAUCAUUACGGUCACAACUCGGAAUAUCCAUGCUCAAAAUGUCAUAUAAAAGGAGUCACGCACAUUAGGUCAAAACGAUUUCCGGGUAUAAAUUAUGAAUUAAGAACGGAUAAAGAAUAUAGAUUACUGACAGAUGUGGAUCACAAUAAAGGAAAGUCAGCGAUUCAUGAUCUUUCAUUAGAUCUAGUACAGCAAGUUCCGUUUGACUAUAUGCACUUAGUGUGUCUAGGUGUAGUGAAAAAAUUAAUGGAGUCCUUAGUAUUCGGGUCCUGUAAACCAAAGAAAUUAGAAAAUUUCAAAAAAAAAAUUUUGUCAAAUCGAUUUACAACCCUUCAAUUAUAUUGUCCUCAUGAAUUUGCUCGAAUCCCCCGAGAAUUGGAUCAAUUCAGUAACUUUAAAGCCACCGAAUUUAGACAACUGUUAUUGUAUACAUUCAUAGUCGUGUUCCGCGGAGUUAUAAGUAAUGAUCAAUACGAUCACUUCUUAUUACUACAUUCAUCAAUGCGGGUAUUAUUGAAUUGUUCAUCAUCUCCCGAACAUGUAGAUUUUGCCGAUGAAGCUUUAAAAAACUUUGUUCUUCAGGCAGAAGAUAUUCACGGCUUACAGUUUCUUACCUACAAUGCACACGGUGUUUUACAUCUUGUUUCAGAUUACAAAUUAUAUGGUCCUUUAGAUUCUAUAUCAGCUUUUCCGUAUGAGAACCAAAUGCCUAAGUUUCGUGAUUUUGUCCGAAAACCAAAUAAACCACUUCAACAAAUUUUUAGAAGAAUUCAAGAAGAGUUUCAAUUUACUGACACCAAAGAAAAUAAUUAUAAACAUUUUAAAGCUCGUAACUCUCAUAAUUGCGGUCCUAUUCCGGGAGCAAUUGAAAAUUUUUCAAUGCAAUAUGAAAAUUUACAAACUCCAUCUUUUUUUCUUUCUCUUCAAAACACAGACAACACAAUUAUAACUCACAGUGGCCAAAUUGGUAUUAUAAAAAAUAUAAUAUACUAUAACAAUCAAUAUUUUUUAGCUAUUUACUUUUUUACAGAUUUACAACCACUUUAUUCAGUUUCUAAUCGACCUUCAACAGAUUUUGGAGUAUUUUUGUGCACAUCCCUUAACGAUUCUAAAGCUGUAAUCAUAACUUAUGAUGAAGUUCAAAGUAAAUGUUAUCGGAUGCCAUUGUGGAUCAAUAAACCGUUCUUAGAUAUCAAUUCAAAUGAUGAACAAUUAAAUAAUGCCUAUGUUGCUGUAGUCAUGUAGUAUAUACCCUUUUUUAAAACAAAAUAUUCUCUUUAAAACAAUGAAGCCAUAAAAAUUAAUAGUUUCUAUAAGUUAAUACUCAGUAAAUAUAGCUAAAACUUCUGAUAAAAGUAUAAAAUUGUUAAUUUGUUUAUUUUCUACUUUGCGUAACAAAUAAUUAAGAAAUAUAAUUUUUUUACGUUUAACAUAUAAUCUAUCUUUAUUACAUACUGAAAAUUACUUGCAAGUUUGUGAUAUUCACUGAUUUCUU